AUGGCCGAGCGACAUGGCGCGGCGCCGUCUCGGCCGCUGGGCGCUGGCAUCUCCAAGGCCAGGAGCGGUGGCGUGACAGCGUCGAGCGUGCGGCGGAAUCUGUUCCAGAGCCAGUUGACGCGGCGGCCGACGGCGGGGGGGUCGACGUCGUCGUCGACAUCGGCCGAGACGCUGCGCUUGGACGCCGACGGGCAGCCGCCGCACCAGCACGAGUCUUCUUCGUCCGCAGACAUUGUGAUCCGCGAUAGGAACGGCGAGAUCGAGCUGGGGGACCCGCCUACGCCGCCUCUAGACGACCCGGACGAGGUGGUCGCGCUGGACACGCGGCAAGAGAACGAAAAAGAGAGGCAGAGGCUGUCCGAGGCCGUGAAGCAGCAUCAGAUUGACCAGAAUAGUGUACCUGCACAACCAGAAGGUGAGAUUCUCUUCCUCUUCUAA